AUGAUACGAUCAAGUAUAAAUUUGAUUGAAGAGUGCAAAAAAUGGGUAAAGGAAGUCAGUGUAAAUACAAAUGCCCCAGUGGAUAGCGCAAGAGCUCCAAACCAAAUGCUAUUGCAAGAUUGCUUUCAGCUUUAUUCUUUCUUUCUCUGCAGAUAUAGAAGCCUUCACAUAAGCAAUAUUCCAGAACAGUAUCCAUGGGAUGAAAUUUUUCGUUUGUUAUCAAGUUUUGGAACUGUGCAAUGUGAUAAAGGACCAACAAAACAAAAUACCUAUAGUGUCCUAGCCACUUAUGAAAACCCAGACCAAGCUCAACAAGCACAAGUGCAGCUCAACAAUUACGAAGUCCAACCAGGUGCUACUCUCAGAGUUGAAAUGGAUCUCGGUCGAGGCCGUGGUGCCCGAGGCGGGCGGGCUGGUUCUCGUCCUUUCAGUAACUCAGGAAUUUUUCGAUCAAAUGACUUCCCAUUAAGGAUUCUUGUGUUGAGUGACAUGGUCGGUGCUAUCAUAGGAAGAGCUGGUGGCACUAUAAGGCAAAUUACCCAACAGUCGAGAGCGAGAGUGGAUGUGCAUCGUAAAGAAAAUGCUGGUUCACCAGAAAAGGUAAUUACGAUUUAUGGUACUCCUGACAACUGUUCAACAGCUUGUCAGAAAAUAAUGGAAAUAAUGCAACAAGAAGCAAACACUACUAACAGAGGUGAAAUUCCACUAAAGAUUUUAGCUCAUAAUAAUCUUAUUGGAAGGAUCAUUGGAAAAAAUGGAAGCACAAUUAAACGAAUAAUGGAAGUAACAGAUACAAAAAUUGCUGUAUCAAGCAAUAUACAUGAUAUAAGCAGCUAUAAUUUGGAACGUAUCAUUACUGUUAAAGGAAAAUUGGAAAACAUCGCUAAAGCUGAAAAGAUGAUUAGUUCAAAGUUAAGACAAAGUUAUGAAAAUGAUUUGGCUGCUAUAGCUUCUCAGACAUACAUGUAUCCUGGUGUUCAUCCUAUGGCUAUGAUGUCCACAACGUGCCCUGGUAUGAUGCCACCACAGAGAGGCCCUGUUCCUCCUUAUGCAAUGUAUGGUGCAGGUCCUUGUUUGCCAGUAGGAUAUCCUCAGAAUUCUAUGCCACCUUCAAUGGAUCUUCAGAAGGAAACUGUGUAUGUUUAUAUACCAAACUCUGCCGUGGGAGCUAUUAUUGGAACCGGAGGAAGUACCAUUAGGGACAUGAUUAGCUCUUCUGGUGCCAGUAUUAAGGUUGCUCAGCCAAAUAAAGAUGAUCCUGCUGAUAAAUUAACUGAAAGAAAAGUCUGCAUUGUUGGUACAGCAGAAGCUCAGUGGAAGGCCCAGUUUAUGAUAUUCCGGAAAGUAAGUUUUGAAGGUUAUCCUGCAUCUCAAGAGGCUACAUUAAAAGUUGAAAUGACUGUUCCAACAGAUCAAGUAGGACGUAUCAUUGGCAAAGGUGGUCAAACAGUUAGAGAAUUACAGAGAAUCACUCAUGCAUUAAUAAAAUUCCCUGAAGAUGGCCAGCGUCCUGAAACUGAAGAAACUGCCGUCCACAUUAUUGGUGAUUUUUACUGCACACAGGCUGCUCAGCGACAGAUACGAGCCCUCUUAUACAAAAGUAACAGUUACCAGCAACGAAGGAGGAUGUCUCAGCAGUCUUUACCACCUGUUCAAAACUGACAUCCAAUUCACAAUGCAGGAACUUUCAAAAUAUAAAGAACAUCUUGACUGAGACCUGGUUUUCGUUUGUUUCUUGAUGUGAUUCUAAUAUGGAAAGUGAAUUUUUUAUACUGGAUGUGCAAUUAAGUUACCUAAUUUGAGUAUUGAUAUAAUUUAUGGAGCUUGUGUGAGGAAUGAUGUGUCAAGGAUACGAUGCAAGAGGACAUUUUCAUAUGGAUAUGAUGAACAAAGUUUUGAAUGAGUAAAAUGCCAAUGUUUAGUUAGUACAAAAGUUUAUAUGAUCAUGCUACUGGUCACUUUUUGUAAAGAAAAUAUAUUUAUGAAAAGUUUAUUUUUGAUACUUGUUGGAGAAACAUUUUUGUUAAUCAAUUUUAAUAAAUUCUUUUUUGAUGAACGUGAUAUUGAUGGCCUAAAGGAAAUUGUUUCUCCAUCAAGCUUAAAAUCAUAUGCAGUUCUUAGUAUAUCAAUUAGAUUAAGUUUGCAAUUAAUGCCAAAGAUUAGUUACAGCUGUAGAAGAAUGAAUUUCAUUCUUUGGGAUAUUUCAUUAAUGAUCUUUUAUCCUAGUUCCUUUUUUUGGGAUCAUCUAGUCUUUGCUACUCCAGUGUUUACUUGGUGCUAAAUUUCAUUACUAACUUGUAAAAGAACAAUGUCUUAAUUUUUAUGCUAUGUAUUACACUUGUCUAAAAUUAAGCAGUAAUUAGUCUUUCAUCAAUCAUAUCAUUAAUUUCUACCUCAUGUUUUGCUGAGGACUGUGCUAGUUGAGCCUUUCUUUUAAUUGCAUAUUAAGAAGUGAAAAUUGUUGAUUUUCUCAAAAUUUAAUUAAAUGCGUUUACAGGCCAGUAAAGAGUGCAAUUUUUCCCAGUUGAUCAUUUUCACAAAGUGUUUAUGUACAGUGCAAUUCAUAUCAUACAUACCGUUUUGUUUUGAAUGGGGGGGGGCGUAUUUUGGUAAGCUGUUGUUUUUUUAAACAUAGCACUUUAUAGAUUUUGUAAUCCAUAAAUUGAUUGAUUUUCUAAAACUUUGUUAUUUCUUAAUUCAGAUUUUUCAUCAGUGAUGGAAGAAUUUAAAAUGUUUCUCUUUGGAUUUAC